AUGAAAGGAAUGUGCGGUCUCUCUUUCUUUAUUUCAGAUAUAAAGAAUUGUAGAUGCCAAGAAGAUGAAAUCGAAAGAAUUAACAGAGAAUUGGCUAAUAUUCGUUCAAAGUUUAAAAACGGCAAAACAUUAAACGGAUACAUGAAAAAGAAGUAUGUGUGUAAGUUGAUUUACAUAUUCUUGCUGGGACACGGCUGUAAUCUGGGUAUCGUAGAAGCUAUCAAUUUACUAGCUUCCGAUAAAUACAGUGAAAAACGCAUUGGUUAUUUAUUUUUAUCUUUAGUUCUGAAUAAAGGAUCAAACAUUAUGUUGUUAGUUCAUAAUGCUGUUAAAAGUGAUUUGAACUCACCCAAACCUGUUCAUCAAAACUUGGCUCUUCAGUUUUCUGCAAAUAAUGCAAAUGCAAGCCUAGCCAAUUAUAUAUCAGUAGAUGUUUUCAAAAUACUGUUUGCCAGAGACACACCGGAUGGAAUUAAGCAAAGUGCUAUUUUAUGUUUGCUUCAGCUCACGCGAAUCAAUCCUGAAGCUAUUGCGAAUGAUAACAUCCAACGGAUAGUAUGUCUCCUGUCUAGUCGAAAUUUAGGUAUCGUCACAACAGUUUCUAGUUUGCUGGAAUUUUUAGCAGGAAAAGGAAAACUGAAUGGUUUUCCGUGUGUUGCUAAUAUUGUGUCAAGACUUCACCGCCUCUUUAGGGCUAGCCCAAAUGAUUUGCAAGAUUAUGCAUACUACGGAGUUCAAUCACCUUGGGUGGUUGUUAAACUCCUUGGACUACUUAGAAAACUUUCUGUUCCUUCUGAAUCCGUGGCAAGAUCCAGGCUUCUUGACUGUAUAGAAUUAAUCUUCGAUAAAUGUCAAGAGCCACCGUCAUGCAAAAGUCUGGAACACAAAAAUGCAAAAAAAGCUAUCAUAUUCGAAACAGUUCUGCUAAUCCAUCAUAUCAAAGCCCAAAAUUCCCUGAUUAUACGAGCUUGUUGUAUUUUGGACGCCGAGCUUAUUUUUAAAGAUAACAACUCGCGUUAUUUAGCAAUGGAGAUUAUGCGUUUACUUUUGGAACACGAAGUAUCUAAAAAGCAUUUCCAACGAAAUUUAAACCUCAUAAAGGAUUUCUUAAGUACUGUAAAAGACAGCUCAGUUAAACAAAAAGCCUCUGAUCUGUUAUUCCUGCUUUGUGACAAGAAAAAUCUCAUUGAAAUCAUAAAUAAUAUGAAAUGUUACGUUGAAGAGUGUGGUUCUACAUCUACAAAGGAAGAAGUAAUUUUGAAGAUUGCGUAUUUAGCAGAACAGUUUUAUGAAGACCCAAUAUGGUAUGUCGAUACUAUUUUGAAGCUUCUAGAAAAUUAUGGUGCAUACAUUAGACAAGAAAUAUGUUUUAGAUUUAUUGAAAUAGUUCAAAAAACGAAUGAGGUUCAUAGUUAUGCCUGUAAAAAAAUGUUCGUUUUUAUUAGGAACUGUUCUCGCAGUGAUGAGAACUUAGUUAAAGUCGCUGGAUACAUUCUUGGCGAAUUCGGAAAUUUAAUAGUUGAUGAUCCUAGUUGUGAUUCACAAGCUCAAUUUGCUUGUUUGCAAAAGCAUUUUGGGGCAGUUUCUCUUGAAACAAAAGCGUUUUUGUUGACAACGUACAUGAAAUUUAUAAAUAUGUUUCCUGAUCUUAAAGAGGAUGUUCGAAACUUAUUUAAAGGGUAUGCCAAACAGUCGGAUGUGGAGAUUCAGCAAAGAGCCAUAGAAUAUUUGAAGUUAACUCUCCAAGAAAUUAGACCUGUCUUCUACGAGACACAUGUUUUCGAGAAACUUGAUAUCCAAUUGAAGCCAGCGCUCAGAACGAAAUCAUUAAACCUGAUGGCAGGUGAUAGUGUUCAUAAGGAUCAAGCAAUUCGAUAUGCUACAGUGAAAGCAGUACCUAAUGAAUCAUCAAAAAAUAAAUCUGAGGAACGUAAAAUUAAUUGGAAUUCAUUGUUCAUCGAAACCUCGUCAUCAAACCUUAUGGGUAAAAUCAGAGUUCCCAAGGCUAAUGCCAUAAACUACGAUAAGAUAAGUCAUGAACCAUCAGAAAGUAAAUCUUACGUCGACAUUUUAGCAAAUAUUUUUGACGACACAGAGACACGGCUAAGUCCUUCCGCCCAUAAUACUGAGUCUUUUGAUCCUGUGUCCCAUUUCAUCUGUCAGAAUAGUGGUACUGUUUUUGAGAAUGACAUCUGUCGCAUUACUUUUGUCAGUGAGUUCAAUAAAAACAGUGGACGCUUCCUGCUUUCCUAUAAAAAUAAAUCUUUGCACCAACUUAGAAACUUCGUGCCUAGUUUCGCCACUCAAAACACAUCAAACCUGAAGCUUCACAUGAACUCAUGUGCAUCGAUGUUAUGCGCUGGUGAAGAAAUAAAGCAGGAAAUCGAAAUAGAAUGUCUGCAAGAAUUCAGUGAGAAGCCUGCGCUGUCGGUUGGUUUUGAAUGCUUCUACAAGCACUUCGAAAUAUCCUUUAUGCUCCCCGUCACGAUGAGUAAAUUUUUUGAACCAAUUUCUAUGGACACAAACGAGUUUCGCACUCGGUGGAUAAUUCUCAACGGGCAAGAAUUGAUGAAAGUUUUUAAUGCUAAACUUCCAAUGGAUAAUAAGAUGUUAGUCAAAAACUUGAUAGCGAUGAAAAUGUCUGUAUUGCCAAAUGUAAGCCAAAAUCUGGACGAUUUUUAUGGUGCUGCAAUAUUUCAUAGCAGCGCAUAUCAAAUAGGAGUUCUAUAUCGUCUACAGUCCAAUGAAUUCACGAAACAAUAUCGUAUCACAAUAAGAGCCAACCGAGGAACUGUUUUAGAUGAAAUUGCCAAUUUGGUGGAAACUUUAAUAUAA